AUGUCUUUCCUUGGAUCUCAAUCUUUGACGACUUAUAGCCUGGUUAGUGGUGUCGCUCUUCAUCUCUUUGCACUGAGACAUGGAGAGUGGGAUCAAAGCGCCCCGACCAUUGUGGCCUGGUAUCUGGUUAUUACAGCCCUCGGAGCAGGAACAAAUUUGAUACAGAUACUUGUGGGAACUGCAUCAAUAUCUCGGCUUUUGGGAUGGCACUUAUUAGGUUUGUUUGGCAGCAUAGUCAUCUACAGAGCAUUCUUCCAUCGAUUACGAAAAUUUCCCGGCCCCUUCGUUGCUGGCGUCACGGCUUUCUACGCAAGUUAUCUCUCUGCAAAGAAGUUCCAUAAAUUCGAAGAAGUGGGAAAAUUGCAUCGGCAAUAUGGUGACUAUGUGCGGUUGGGUCCUCGGGAACUGUCAGUUGCAGAUCCACAAGCUGUGCCAUUCAUCUACGGCCCAACAGCGAAAACGACAAAGGGCCCCUUUUAUGAUGGUACACAGCCCUAUGUUUCUCUGCACACGGAUAGAGAUAAGAAACAACAUGCACGACGGCGAAGAACCUGGGACCACGCCUUUAGUACAAAGGCUCUUCUUGACUACGAACCCCGCGUAUCAAAAUAUAGUGCACAGCUACUAUCUGUUGUUUCCCAGCAAGCUGGCCGAGCAAUGAACGUUGCUCGCUGGUUUAACUAUUACAGCUUCGAUAUCAUGGGGGACCUGACUUUUGGGAAGUCGUUUGAGAUGCUGGUCACCGGGAACGAUUCAUAUAUGCUUUCGACGUUACACGGAGAUAUGCAGUCUUUGGGUCCAUUCCUUCAUGUGAUGUGGAUAAUUCCAUUCUUUAAGAGGGUACCAGGGUUGAAUAGAAGCUACGUCGCUUUUUGGAAAUGGCUUUAUGAGCAAGUCGACAUCAGAAGCAAGAAUGAACCAGAGCGACCGGAUAUUUUCACAUGGAUUUUGAAGGAUUUUCGAUCUAGGGACCAGACGGAGAAAGACAAAUUGUUUUUACAUGGCGAUGCAGAAUUAGCGGUCGUUGCUGGGAGUGAUACAACUGCAGCUACAUUGACGAACCUAUUUUACGAGCUCGCCAACUCACCAGAAUUUACCGCCCGGCUCCAAUCUGAAAUUGAUACUCUCAUCGAGCCUACAUAUCGAGAGAUGGCUCAGUUGACACUUCUCAACGCAGCCAUUGACGAAACACUACGCCUGCACCCGGCUCUGCCUUCUGGAAUGCAGCGAGUGACGCCGCCACAAGGUGUUAGAGUUGGUGAUGUGUAUAUCCCCGGUGACUGUCUUGUGCAGAUACCUUUAUAUACGCUCUUCAGAGAUGAACGCUGCUUCCACCAACCGCAUGCAUUUAUUCCAGAGCGUUGGAGUACCCGACCGGAACUGAUCAAAGAUGGGUCGGCCUAUAUUCCAUUCGGCAGCGGGCCCUUUGGAUGUGCUGGGAAACAACUUGCUCUUAUGGAAAUUCGGCGUAUAACGGUUGACCUGUUGUCACGAUACGAUAUUGCUCUCUCGAAGGAGCAGACCCACGAAGCUUUUUACGAGGGCCAGCAGGAUGUUUUCACGCUUGUGCAUGGUAGAGGACUGCAGCUUGUUUUUACGGAGCGAAUAAAGGCAUAG